AUGUCAGAAAAUGUAUACUGCGGAAUUUGCGGAGUGCCCUGCUCCGGAAACCCAAGCGACCACGAGGAUCUUUCCUCAGGAGAGGGAUUCGGUGAUGAAGACACGAUUAAAUGGUUGUAUGAGUGCAAGCUCAUCUUGCAGCGCCCCGCCAACAAAAGAGCCGUCGUUAUUCCACGUGCUCAGUCAGAUGAAGACAUUUACUUCGGUGUCGAUUAUGACGAGAACAAAAACGUGCUUCGUAAAGGCGAACGGUACUUCGAAAUAUACCGUACGGAGGACUCUGAAUGUGAUUCUGAAAGCUAUUCUGAAAGUGAGUCUGAAACCACUUACCUUCCCUAUGUGAUUCCUUCCCAUGCAUCCUGCUAUGAGCUGCCUCUUCAUGGAUAA